AUGACCGUACUUUGGUUGCUUUAUCUGGUUCAAGCGGCAUACGCGGAAAAGAUUACCAGGCAAGAGAACUUGAUGCUGAAGGAAAGGUGCUAUUCCAAGUGGACAGGUAACCAAGAAACAAUGUCUCAAAUUGUGCCUGGCACAUCCGAACAAUGGGAUUUCAAUAUGCAAGCCAACAAAUAUAGACGUCAACCAGUCAACCAGUCAAAUUAUCCAUUUGCAGUUGCACUGUCGUGGAUUUUAGGGACCAGAUAUGAUCCCAUUCGCGGAAAAGAUGUUGUAAAUUUCACAACACCUGUAUGCAGCGGCGUGCUGAUAUCUCCCCGCCACAUCCUAACUGCCGCACAUUGCUUAACCGUAAACGAUACAAACGCGUGCAAAAAAGGAUUACCUGUACAAGAAAAAACCGCCCAGGAAGUUGGCGUUUUUCUCUACAGCUGCAACGACUUACAAUGCUGGAGGAGUCAAGGAGUUCUUAGAGCGGCGUCCGUACAUGUGCAUCGAGACUAUGUGAAGAAAGCAUGCGGGGAAUACUAUAAAUAUGAUAUUGGUGUGAUAGAGCUCGAGGAAAAUGCAUAUUCUUCACCGAUUUGUAUGCCCCAAUGGAACGAUUUUGUUCCUCACACGGUCGAAUCUAUUGGGUAUGGUAAAAAUGGAGAGGAUGAUUCUAUUCAAGCGGUGGCCUACGCCAUGAUAACCGAGAAGCCUGAAGAUAACACUAUUGAGGCCUUCACUAAGUAUAAGAAUGAAGGCAGUAUCGGGGGAGACAGUGGUGGACCACUGGUAAAGAAACUGAAUGAUAAACACUAUCUUCUCGGUAUAUUAUCGGCAGAGGGAACGAAAACUCAGCCGUUAUUGGUAUCAAGCGUAUUUGUCGAUGUGCGAAAAUAUCUGGAUUGGAUUUGCAUAAUAACAGGAGUUUGUCCGCUUAUCGGAGAUUCUAUGGAAUACGAGCCACCAUUUUUCACAGGACUUGGAUGAUCAUCGGCUUUGACGACAUUCGCGAAGAAUGAAACAAA